CUAAAAUAUUUACUGGUUUCCUGUCAUUACUACGUAAUGUAUCUUCCUUUGUCAAUUCAUAAGGUUAACAGUAAAUAUAAAGAAAGAAAGGUGAUUUUUAAAAUUUGAAUAAUCCAAUAUGGGUGUCAUUUAAGGAGAAGAAAAAAUUCCACUGAACAGUUACCUAAAGUGGUAUGGAUCCAGCACUUCUGAAAGAGAGAGCUGCUUUCAUAAACAGGGCAAAGGCACAGCCAGCUGUAGAAAAAAGAAAGCAUGCAGACACUUCUUCUCAUUCUUCCAAAAAACACAAGUCAUCUUCAUCAUCAAAACAGAAAAUAAGCAAUGGAGCAUCUGCAGCUCCCAAAACACCAUUUGACUAUAAAACGAGUCAUGGUAGUUCACAAUAUAAAUUUGGAAUACUUGCUAAGAUUGUGAAAUACAUGAAGAUAAGACAUCAAGAAGGACAAUCACAUGGUUUAACAUUGGACGAUAUAUUGGACGAGACAAAUCAGUUAGAUGUACCAACAAAACAUAGACAUUGGUUGUUAACUGAAGCUUUAAAAAACAAUCCCAAAAUCAAAACGCUCAAUUUCGGUAAUGACCAAAAAUUCUUGUUCAAUCCAUCUUACGAUAUAAGAGACAAAAAAGGCUUACUUAACUUGUUAAAGAAGCAUGACCUCCAUGGACUGGGAGGAAUUCUUCAGGAAGAUAUAGAAGAAGCUUUACCUAGGGCUGAGAAGUGCAUGAAAAACCUUGGAGACAAUAUUGUGUAUGUACAACGUCCACAUGACAAAAAGAAAGUUUUAUUUUAUAAUGAUAAAUACUGUCGUUACAGCGUGGAUGAAGAAUUUCAGAAACUAUGGAGAGGUGUGUCUGUUGAAGGUAUGGAUGAGAGGAAGAUUGAAGAAUAUUUAGACAAACAGGGAAUCUCCUCUAUGCAAGAUGUUAAUAUCAAGAAAGUAGUAAAUAUGCAGAAACGAAGAAAGGGAAAGAAAAAUAACAAAUUUAAGAAAUUAAACGAGCAUUUAGAUGGUGUUCUACAAGACUACUCAGAUAAACAAUAAUACAAAGAUAAAUACAUUGUAGUGCGUCCAGUUAACUUUCAGCCUUAAUGAAUCAAUAGUAUUUAAGAACUAAGCGUAGGAAUUCUCUGUGUGCAACAUUCAUGUCUUUUCUCAUAGGGAAAAAAAAAAAAUUGUCAUCAGGCAUGUUGUCAUGUACAUAUUAAAAUUGCAUGGAUAGAUUAAUUAUGAAUUUGAUCUUAAACUGGUUUUGGGUCAAUCAAGUUAGUAUGGCAUAACAAUCAUCAAAGAUUUGGAUUUUCAUGACAUGUUUUACAUAGUUAUUUUCAAAAUUUACAAUUAAUUUCUUAUGCACAAACAGUAUGAUCAAAGCAAUAUAUGAAUUAUACAAUAUAUUUAUUGUACACACUCCAACAUUACAUACAUGUAAUGUACAUGUUUGUUAAAUAUGUAGCUUGCUGUCCAAUGUUUGGGUAAAUACUAAAUACAUGUGUUAUUGUGUAUGGGUAUAGUUGAGGGUGACCUAUUGUAUAAACGUAGCACUAUUGUGAGCCAGGAUAUAUGUACAUUUAGAUCGAUGUUUGUAUAUAUAUGUAUUACAAUCACUUGGUUUAAAUGUAAUUCAUUUAUCUGUCAUUGUCAACUAUUAAACAUUGAAAAUA